AUGGCAAGGCCCUUUGAACCAGAGUCUGCACUGGCAAGCCAGGCGACCAUCUCCUCCCCCGUCACCGAGAAGAAGCCUGCCGACGUCGAGUCUGCCCCUGCUACGGGAAGCAACGACAAGUCGGACAAGAAUGCCGGCGCCGUGACCAUCAGUGCUGCCUCCAAUAAGAAGGAGAAGGACAUGAGCGAGGCCGAGCGCCAGGAGUACUACUCUGAGCUCGUUAUUGACGGCGAGAAGAAGUACCACAAGCUUGGCUGGGUGCAGCUCGUCGUUGUCCUCAUUGUCGAGGCCAUUGCCCUUGGAUCGCUGUCUCUUCCUGCUGCUUUCGCCACGCUUGGCAUGGUCGCUGGUACCAUCAUCACUGUUGGCAUUGGAUUCAUUGCCAUUUACACUUCCUACGUUAUCGGCCAGGUCAAGAUCAAGCACCCCCAGGUCACCCACUAUGCUCAUGUCGGCCGCCUCCUCCUUCCGGGCCGUGCGGGUGCCAUUCUGGAAGGCGUCAUCGGUUGCGCUUUCGUCCUCUACCUCGUCCUCCUUGUCGGCUCCCACUGUCUCACUGGCACCAUUGCCUUCCAGACUAUCACCCAGGUCGACGUCUGCACCCUUGUCUGGGGCAUUGUGUCGAUGAUCCUCCUCUUCCUUUGUGCCCUGCCGCCUUCGUUCGCUGAGAUGGCCGUCCUCGGCUACGUCGACUUUGUCUCCAUCUGCGUUGCCAUUCUCCUCACCCUCAUUGCCACUGGUAUCCGUGCCAACAACCAGGAGGGUGGUUUCGCUGCCGUCGACUGGACCGUCGGACCCAAGGAGGGCGCUACCUUCUACGAGGCCAUGGUCGCCGUGACCAACGUCGUCUUUGCCUACUCGUUCGCCAUUUGCCAGUUCUCCUUCAUGGAGGAGAUGCACACCCCCACCGACUUCCCCAAGGCCGUCUGGGUCCUUGGUAUCACCGAGAUCAUCAUCUACACCUGCACUGGUGCCAUUGGCUACGCCUUCAUUGGCAACUCGGCCCAGUCGCCUGCCCUCCUCUCGGCCGGUUUCACCGUCUCGCGCGUCGCCUUCGGUAUUGCUCUUCCCGUCAUCUUCAUCUCGGGCUCGAUCAACACCGUCACGUCGGGUCGUUACGUCCUCGACUACCUCUUCCCCCACUCGCCCAUCCGUUACGUCAACUCGCCCAAGGGCUGGAUGGCUUGGAUCGCCUACAUCACCGUCGCGUCCGUCAUUGCCUGGGUCGUCGCCGAGGCCAUCCCCUUCUUCUCCGACCUCCUCGGCAUCAUUUCGGCCCUCUUUGUCUCGGGCUUCUCGCUCUACCUCCCCGGCUUCAUGUGGUUUGUCAUCAUUAGGGAGGGCGGCUGCUUCCAGGGCUGGAAGAACACCUCCCUCACCAUUCUCAACACUGUCUGUAUCCUCAUCGGUCUCAUCUGUUUCGGAUGUGGCACGUACGGCGCUGUUGAGGACAUCAUCGUUUCCUUUGCGGACGGCACGGUUGGCAAGUCCUUCUCGUGCGCUAACCGUUAA